AUGUGCGAGCCGCCGGAAGCAACUAUCACUCCAAUACGCCAGUUCCAUGACGUUUUGGUGAACUUCAUAGAGAGAAGAUCUGAGAUAUGGUCACGUCUAGCAGCUGUACCUGUCAUGGACAAGCGGCUUAAAUGUGGUCGAGUGCUCCUGGUGUCGUGCUCUCAAUAUCAGCUGCAAAACCAACUCGUUUUGUUGAUAAAGGAUUUUCUGGGAGACGGCAAACGAUCAUUUCAAGUGUUAGCGACUUGCUUAGAUUCCGAGUCAUUGCCUGAUGAUCAGAAACGAAAGAGUGACGAGUUUGCUCGGCUACCGCAAGAGGAACGUUAUUGGCUGGAAGAGUCAUGCAUCCUGGAAGGGUCGACCCGUUGGGGAAUCGAAGCAGUUGCCCCACUGGCUCUGAAUGGGCCGCGAGGACCCCGAUCAUUUCGCAUUGUCAAUGAUCUACCAAUUUCAUCGCUGCUUGGGGUCACUAAAAAAGCGAUCAAAAUAGAUGUCGCCGAAGUGUUGUCGGAAGCAAAGUCGAGAGAGAUACCACGACUUAGAAGCGCUUCAUUCAAAGACUAG